AGAUAUGAGAGAAAUGAAAAACCUUUUAAGUAAACUCAGGGAGACUAUGCCUUUACCACUGAAAAAUCAAGAUGAUAGCAGCCUCCUAAACUUGACUCCAUAUCCAUUGGUAAGAAGACGGAAGCGAAGAUUCUUUGGACUGUGUUGUCUUGUCUCAAGUUAG